CUAAACUCUUUUACUCCACACCAGUUUUAGCAAUAUUAUUACAACACUAUGGGGAGAUUAACUUUAUUAGGUUCACCUAUUAUUUUAACUCUCUUAGUAUGUCUUCAAGUUGGAAUUGUUUGUGGUGCUACCAAUGAAAAGAAAUUGGUGACAGUGUUGAGUAUUGAUGGAGGUGGAAUUAGAGGCAUUAUUCCUGGAACCCUUCUUGCCUUUCUUGAAUCCAAACUUCAGGAGCUUGAUGGACCUAAUGCAAGAAUAGCAGAUUACUUUGAUGUGGUUGCUGGAACAAGCACAGGUGGACUAAUAACUACUAUGCUAACAGCUCCAAAUAGGGAUAAUCGUCCUUUAUAUGCAGCAAAAGAUAUUUCUACCUUCUACAUGGAGCAUGGCCCACACAUCUUUCCUCAAACCCGGCGUAGAAACUUCGUGAAUAAUGUGGCACAUUUGUUUGGUGGACCAAAGUAUGAUGGAGAGUACUUGAGAUUAUUGGUUGAUUCCAUAUUAGGGAACCUUACUAUAAAGCAGAUGUUAACUCAUACAGUAAUUCCAGCUUUCGAUAUCAAGCGUCUUCAACCCAUUAUCUUCACUACUGUUGAUGGCAGAACAAAUGGGUUAAAGGAUGCCUUGUUGUCAGAUAUAUGUCUGAGUACCUCUGCAGCCCCAACUUAUUUCCCAGUACACUAUUUUGAGACUAGGGAUGCUGCAGGGAGAAUCCACACAUUUGAUCUUAUUGAUGGAGGUGUAGCUGCUAAUAAUCCUAAUUUUUUUUAUUGGCAGACUCUAAUGGCAAUCACACACAUUUCAAAAGAAAUAAUGAUGGGAAGUUUAAAGUAUGAAGAGAUGGAAAGAAUGGACAGCAAGAAAAUGUUGGUAUUAUCAUUAGGGACAGGUAUUGGGAAGCACCAAGGGAAGUAUAAUGCAGCAUCAGCUACAAAGUGGGGCUUGCUUGGUUGGGUAUACAACAAUGGUGACACUCCAAUAAUAGAUGUUUAUAGUGAUGCAAGUGCUGAUAUGGUGGACAUACAUGUUUCAACCAUGUUUCAAACCCUUCAUAAUGAAAAAAAUUACCUCAGAAUUCAGGAUGAUAAUUUGAUCGGGGAUGCUGCAUCAAUGGAUAUAGCAACCACAGAAAACAUGGAGACACUUGUGCAAAUUGGUAACAAUCUAUUGAAGAAGCCAGUGUCUAGAGUCAACUUGGAGACAGGCCAAUAUGAACCAGUUCAUGGGGAGGGCACCAAUGAAGAAGCUCUUAUCCGUUUUGCUAACUUGCUUUCACAUGAGAAGAAACUAAGAAGUUAGACUACAUUGAUUUGGGAAAAUUCCAUAUCAAAAAUUGGAUUUGCACUGUCCCCUUGUUAGUUGCUAUGGUUUUUAUGCUAUUUUCUUCUCCCUUGCACUUGGAUUUGCUGCACUUGAGCUGAGGGUCUUUCAGAGAUUGAACAAUCUCUGUACCUCCACAUGGUAAUUCUAAGAUUUGUGCACACUCUACCCUCCUCAGACCCCAUUUGUGAAAAUUCACAGGUAUGUUGAAGGUAUUGUGUAAGGCAACAAUAGUGAUGUGCCAAUCGAUAUAGUAUUCCAUUCUAUUGUAGGAAAGCAUAUUUUGUUCUCUAUACUUCAAAGAGGUAUAUGGUUUUCAAACUUCCCAGCAAAUAUAAAUUAGAAUAAUCUACAGCGAUAGCCUAUGGAUGUUGUUGACUGGUUUGAA